UUAUUGAUUUUGAAAUUAAGAACUUAAGAAAGCUUACAAGUAAGAGAAAGUCAUCUGGCCCAUCAAGCCAACUUCAUACUUAGAAGUUAAUUGAUCCAAGGAUCAAAUUCACCCUUUUUUUUAAUGUUGGAUAUUUAAAAGAGAAGGGCAAAUACACAUACCUACUGUGAAUAGGUUUGUUUAAAUACCUGCAUAGUGUAAGUACAAUGUUAUUUCAUAAGAACAUAAGAAAGGUUACAGAUGAGAGGUUGCCAUUCCUAUCUACCUGUUGUUAGUGGUUAAUUAAUCGUAGGGUUAUUGGCUUAAACAACAUGGGAGGGCAGCUUGUUCCAUACUAAUUUGUAAAUUUUGAAUAUAGGUAUAACCCCCCCCCCUAGUCUUAGUGCAGCACUCAGAAGGUUUGAUUCCUUCAGUCUGUCAGUCCAGGACAUUCCCUUAACUCCUGAAAUGUACUGGUUACUCUUUUCUGGAUCGAUUCCAGAGCCGCAAUAUCUUUUCCAUAAUGUGGUGACCAAAAUCGUAUACAAUACUCUAAAUCAAGCCUUAAAAGUGUUUUAGACAAUUUUAAUACAGCAUCCCUUGAUUUAAAAUCUGCACUAUUAACUACUGUAUACAGUAUAUAUACUUGUACUUUGCCUUUUUAUUUGUUUCCACAUAUUGUCUGAGGAUGUAAACGUCAAAUUAACAUGUUUUCAUAAGAAACCCUCUUUAGCGCCUCAUUUCCCUUUAUGUAUUUGUAGUUGAUGUUUUUGCACACUGCUGCAUAUAUCAUUCUGUACUUGUGAGCAUAAAACAUCAUUUGGCAUCACUGUGCUCAAUCUUCAGGCUGCAGUCAGGGAGUGUGGUUUUUAAAAACUAAAUUUUCCUGCAUAAUUCCCCUGAUUUGGCCCCCAGUGACACUUUACUCUGAAAACAAACAGAAACGGACUUACCAAAUAAGAUUAUUUUCAGGUGACUAAGAGCAGUUUAUUUAAAAAAAAAACUGUUUACUAUAUUCUAAUGAACAUGCAAUGAACUGAUGGGUGGAAUAUCCUGAAAAAAAAAAACUAUUUGCUCUUUCAGAUUCAGGUUGUUUAUGGAGUGCUCCUUCUCACUUGCAGAUGAAUUUCAAUAGGGGACUUUGCCAUCUGUACCAUGCGCAGUACUGACAAUAUUCCAGUAGGCCUAAAGUAUAUUCUUAAAUGCUGUGAUAACAUUUCAUUUGGUAUUAUAUUAUAAACAAUACCUAUAUGAUAAUUAUAGGUCCUGUUAUUAAAUAUUGCAUUAAAAUACAUCGGUCAUCUUUGGUAUUUCUGUAAUAAUCUCAAAAUUCAACUUGGUGUGUUCUUCCUUAACAACCGUAGAUACACUCUAAUGUUACUGUUUUCAACAUUUAGACUGGACAAUACAGAUCAAUGGAUUGUCCAUGAUAUCAACAUUUGUGAUGUAUUUUAGAAAUAUAUGUUCCUGUGUCAAUUCUUUCAUAUUUGUAAAGAUUUUUUUAUGAAUAGAGAAUGAAUCACCCCUGUGAAGAUAACCUACAGUACAGGCUUUAUAGAGAGGUGAGUAUAAGGUUUGGAUGCAUACAAAUAUUAGUGCACACAAUAAUAUUGUACCGUAUUUCAAAAACCAUUCUCCCUCUGUCUUUUCCACCGUACCGCACAGAAAGUCUGCUGCUAAAAACUGAAAGUACAUGCCCUCGCUCACAGUAUAAAUAAAUCAAGCGGAGUCGUCUAAUGUCAUGACGCGCAAAAACAACCGAAACAAUGUUCAGCGUUUGUUCACCUGGAAGACUGCGACACCGCAUGAGGACACUAGGUAAUCCUGAAGGAUUUUCUCGAACUGCGUGGUAUGGUUACUGUGUGAGUUGAGUCAGUCGGUCCAGAAGAUGGCACCCGCCCGCUCCAGAAACGUGUAGGUGAAGCCCGGAGAGCAGCAGUGCAGUGCAGUGUUGAGAAUGCCCGGAUAGAGACACGGAACAGCAGGAAGCGCGACAGCACAGCGCCAGAUGUCAGUUCCUGCAAAGCUCCUAUCCCUGCAAAUGAACAGCCGGUGAUACAAAUCCACUGAAUCCGUCACAAGCAAGCCCAGGCAGAAUCCUGUCCUGAAGGGAGAUUCAUGCUCCACGACUCUGGGCUCUCAUGGAUGAAGAAGAAACACAGAGGAACGAGGCAACCGAGCAGGCUGACGAGGUAGGGGACCCCCAGAACGAUGUCGACUGCGGGCCGAGCUGUAUGAGCCCUCAGGCGCCGGAUGAAAACGAGAACCGCCUGCUGGCGUCGCCCACUGUGCGCCAUCGCGCUCAGGAAGACACGGUCAACAACAACGAGCCCAGAUCUGCAGGCCGGACCAGCAGCACUGAGGAGACCAAUAACAACAGCACACCCCCUGAGCCGGCCAAGCAGAAGGGGGACUCGUCAGAAGGCAGCAGGAGCAGCAAAGACACAAAGACAAAAGACUCAGCAGGAGGUGCUCUUGAGAGCUGCACUUCGGUGUCUGCAGACAAUAUCACCACAGGUGCUGAAAGCUCAGGCAAAGACGAAGGCAUCCCGCGUGAACCCUCCUGUCCCCCUCAGAAAGGAUGGUGCGGUGUUCUGCAGCCCCUGCUCUCAUCUCUCCAGAGCCUUGGUGAAGAGAGUGAUUACACCCAGCUGCCCCAGUGUCUUCACCAGAUAGCCGAGACCUGUUUCUGGGAAAAAGACUAUGAAAAAGCUCUCCAGUUCAUUCAACUGGAAAAACUGUAUCAUGAGCAAGUGCUGUCCAACUUGUCAGCUAUUCAGAAGCAGUGGGAGUCCAAAUGGAAGGUUGCUGCCUCCCCAGACAAGAAGAAGGGUGGGGAAGACCUCAGGGGCUCCGAGGGUGAAGACCUGGCGGCACUGCGGAAACUUUGUCAGACCCACCAAAGGCCCGCUGUCAGUGUCGAAAAGGCCGUCGCUGUUGGGAGUAUUCUGAAAAACAAGCUCAUUACAGGGAGGGUUGCUACAGACAACGACAAGCCCAACUCCAGACUUACUGCAAGCACGUCAGAUAGUGUCACUGAGGCAGUCAAGCAGUUAGUAAUGUCGGAAGGAGCCUUCGUUUCGGACAACAGGAGUGAGUCGGCAGGACAUGGGGAGCGGGCUAUGGAGGACAGUAUCAUGUCAGGCCACCAGGGGGAGCUGUCGCAACGUGCCGGCUCAGCUGCAGCCCCCAGCACACGGCAGGCCUCAGAACUGAUUGGCAGGCCAUGCUCUGACUCUUUGUUUGCUGAUGGUGCCGGUGGUGAGGGCAGGCGUGCACAGCCAGCUGCAGCAGUGGUGGCGGCAGAGGCAGGGGAGCUCCCGGGAGAUGUGCUGACUGCUGCAGAACCCUCCCAAGAGCGACGAGAGGAGAGGGGGGCGGGGGAGAAGGAGGAGGAGCCUUUGGAUUCAGCACAGCGGCUGGACACCGAGCAACAGCAGGCCCUCCCCGGGCUGGCUGGUCCUGCAUUAGUGAAAUGUGAGCUCAGACAGCAUGAGCAUUCAUCCUCCAGCAAGGAGCAGGCAGGAGAUGGGGAUCACAGCCUAAAGGAAAAGGACAAAGGUGCCCCUUUACCUCCCCGAAAGGAGGCCAGGGACCCCAGAAGCACAGAGACAGGGGAUGAGCUGCCUGAGCCCAGGGAAAUGAGUGAACUUGAGCAGGGUGAGCCUGGGGAAGUGGAGGAGCUGGAAACAGAAAAGGAACAGAGGCCUGAUGAAGACCAGGACAUCCAGCAGGGAGGGAAUGAUGAAGAAGAAGAAGAAGAAGACACUCCUGAGGCUGAUCCUGUAUCCUUAGAAGAUCUGUCACCUGACUCGGAGGAGGACACAGCUUUCCUGGACACAGAGGGGCUCAGUGAUGGCAUGUCUUUGCUGGAUGACUUAGCCAAGCGCAUACAGAUUGAAGAGAUCACCCCAGCAGAAGGUCUGGUGUCCAUCCUGAAGCGGCGGAGCUCCCUGGACGGAGCACAGCAACCUUCACAGCCUCACAGACAGGUACCCAAACGCAAAGUGAGGUUCAAAGAGCCAGAUGACUGUCUUGACCCAGAUGAUGUUGGAGGGGACUCCUGUCUGCUGCUCUUCCUACUGUGCCUUGUGACGGUUGUUAUUAGUGUGGGCGGCACCGCUUUCUACUGCGCCUUCGGAGACGUGGAAUCCACGGUGUGCACAGACUUCGCCCAAAAUGUGGAUUUCUAUUUCAGCCAGAUGCAGCACGGAGUGGACGAACUGAAACACUGGCUCUCCCCUGGCUCAUAGCAAAGCAGGACUCGAGGCACAAUUUUUUGUGCGUCUUAAUUAUUCCUCUAUCUCUCUAUUUCCCUCCCUGAUAAAAUCAUGACACCGUGUCUGUUUAAGGAUCCAUACCAGUGCAUUUUUUCAGCACAGUGAAGAACAGAGGUCAGUCUUCUGUCCUGUGUUACUGGGCAGUAGUCUGUCUAGAUCACUCUGUUAUUGGCCGAACUGAUAAGCACCUGUUACUGCCUCAAAAGCGCAGAGAUCCCAUGAAUUCAGUGACUAAAGAGUGCUUGGCUUACAUUCGAAAGCUGGUUGCCUCUUUUGCAUUUUUGAUUUCCAGUGUACGCUAGUGUUACAUUGGUCAACACUUUAGUGCUGAAGGCACACACCUGCUGGGCAGCUGACAGCUGGAAAUUGCAGCACCAGGUGAAAACCUGUGCUGGAUCCUUUCUGAAAUGGAAAGAACUCAAACAGUCAUACUGCCAGGGUGGAGAGCUGGGGUAAAGGCAUUUAAGAUUAUAAUAAUAUAUUGUAAAUGUUUAGUUUAAAACAUAAGUCUUAUCUUUUUAACAAUGAAAUUAAUUUUGUACAUUGUGAAUUUCUUCACAUAUUUGUGUUUCUCUCAGGAGGUGAAGAUACACAGUGGCAUUAUCUUACUUUUGAAAUGAUGAGUAGCCUCCAGGUAGCAAUGGUCUGCGAGGCCAUGAUGAAAAGUCAAUAUUAUCACAGUAUGGGACAGGAAAGCAAUAUGUUAAACAAUUGCAAACUUAUUCUUCUUUUGUAGACUAUAGACUCUCAUCAGCUGGACAGCAGAGUAUGAUUACUUGUUGGUAAAACAAUACCAAAUGCUCAGGCUUCUGAGUCUUGCUGUUAUUGCCACUUCUUAGUUUGGUGCGCUGAUUUCAUUUUAAAUUGUUUUAAGCUUUUUAUUUUACAGUACUGUCUUACACAAGGAAAUGCACUGUUUCUUCAGGGUACAUAACACAGAACAUAUGUCGAAAAAAAGACCUUUCAUAUUACAUGUUCUCUUUAAUUUUACAAGGCUUAUCAAAAAGAGCAAAGGACUUUUACUGUAAUAGUCAGCAAAUACAGUACAAACUCAUUAUUACAGACAGAACUGCUGGGUCCCUAGCAGGGGCUAUAUUAAAUGUUGAGGGGGUUUUAUAGGAGAUUUUUUUUGCUUAUGUUGUAAGUGUCUCUGGCUGGAUCAGAUGACACACUUCUUCAUAAUGUGUGGAUUGAUCUAUUUAUUUAGUGUAAGAAAAUUAAAAUGCUAAUGGAACAUUUUUACGUCAAAAUCUGUAUUGAUGUGCAUGUUCAUUUCUUGAACUGUUUGAACCUGAAGUGGUUACUGUGUUUUGGGGGCCUUUCCCUUUGUGUUUAAUGUUCCAGAUUUUAUACAGUAUGUUAUUUUAAGACGAAGAAUAGAAACCGACAUGGGCUUGUCUAAAAUGCCCACCACUGAAAGAAGAUUUCAGUUUUAAUAUUGUUAAAAGUCAGCGUUGCACCACUGUUUUGUUUUUGAAACUUUUAGCUCUCCAGUGUAAAUCAUAUACUGACAGCAUAUGCAUCACCUCACUUUAACGUGUUGUCCAGAUUUUAAAAAAGAUGUUGUAUUGUAAAUAAUGCAAAGGGAACAUAAAUGAAUUGGUUACUAUGAAAAUGUGUGGGUAAUUAUUUUGUGUAUUAUUGUUGUUUUCUUUCAUGAAGUGGAGAAAGAUUAUAAUUGAAUUGCAAAGAUGAAUUUAUAGUGCUCUUUUGAAUCUGGCCAUUGUCCUGGGGUAGCAUUCUUGCACUCCUGAAGACGACAGUGUUGACAGAGUCUCCAGUAAACUGAGCUUCUGAGAUUCAUA